GCAGACCACAGAAGAAGAGUGGCGGUGCGGCGGCCCUUCGUGUCGUGAUGUUCAGGUGUUAAACAAGUGAAAUCUGCUCUUUGAGUUUUAUUCUUCAUCGCUUCUUCUUCACGCGCCCCGGCGGACCGUCCGCUCACAGGUCCCAUUUGAAAGAUGUCAUCAGGACUCCUGGAGCCUCCUGGAGGAGGAGGAGGAGGAGGAGGAGAACAGCUCUGCGUCUUCCUGCUGAGAGACGAAGGAGACGAGGAGCAGAGGAAGAGGGAGGUGGGCUGUCAGUGGGAGAGUCCAGAGGAGGAGAGGAGGGAGGUGGGCUGUCAGAGCGACUCAGCGGAGAGGAGAGACGCUGCCGUCCAGGUGGACCUGCUGACUCAGCAGCUCAGCUGGAGACACACAGGCUCGUCUGAGAUGCUGCUGCAGUGUUUUGCAGUCAGACCUGAUGGACCAGAUGGUGGUGCUCUGCUGCAGCACUGCACCACAACCCGCACCAGAACCAGGACCAUCAAACCCACCCGGUCCAGGUCCAGGUCUAGGUCCAGGUCCAGGUCCCAGACCAGGCCACCUCCUAAGAGAUCCAACACCACCAGACAAAGAGCGUCUCGACGUCGCCACCGCCGUGUGUGCCCUGUUCCCUGUCACCAACAGGAGGAGGAGGAGGAGGAGGAGGAAGAGGAGGAGGAGGUGGUGGAGGAGGACAUAGGUGAUCCCACCUGGACUCCUCCUGAGGGAGGUGUGGACUCUCAGCCGUCUGCUGCGGCUCUGGAGGACGUCCAGCUGGACUCAGACUCCCAGCAUGCACCUCUUUGUGCGGUGAAGGUGGAGCCUGACAGCACCAUGUGUGACGUUUGUGGUAAAGUGAUGAAGAACAAGUCGAGUCUGGCGCGACACUCCUUCAUCCACACGGGUCAGAAGCCGUUUGCCUGCCACCUGUGCGAACUGCGCUUCAACCGCCGCGACAACCUGCAGCACCACUUGAACCGGCUCCACCCCAAUGGCGUAGCCAAGCUGGAGAAGCAGCGUGAGGUGCAGGCGUGGCUAUGCGCCGUCUGUGGCAAAACCUUCAGCUGCAGGUCCCGGCUGAAAACACACGAGGUCAUCCACUCUGGGGUCAAACCUCACCGCUGCGACCUCUGCCCUAAAGCCUACAUGAGGACCAACGACCUUGAACACCACAAGAAGAUCGUCCAUGUCAACGGCGCUGCGGAGCCUCAGCAGCCCAGCUCGCUGCUCUGUGACUUCUGUGGCAAAGAGUUUAAAUGCCGGUCGCAGCUCGCCGUCCAUUUCCAGACUCAUACCGGAGAGCGCCCGCACCUCUGCGACAUCUGCGGACGCAAGUUCGGACGUCAGUACCAGCUCAAACGCCACAAGAUCCUAGUCCACGCCAACCGAGUGAACGGUGAGGAAAACCCGCCACCCAACGCACCGUUCACCUGCGGCGUCUGUGGGAAGCGGCUAAAAUCUGAAACGCUCCUCGCUGCUCACUCCAGCAUCCACUCAGGCGAUAAGCCUCACCGCUGCGGCAUCUGUCUGCGCAGCUUCCAGCGUGCCACCUGCCUGAAGCAGCACCACGUACGCGUUCACCUGCGUGUCAAAGUGAAUGAGGCACCUCACGUCAUCGAACGCAGGAAAAGCUCAGCGACAGCGAAGGUGUUCCCAUGUCCAGUCUGCAGCAAAGUUUUCAAAUUCAAGUCUCUUUUGGCGAGUCACUCGCUGAUCCACAGCGAGAACCGGCCAUAUGGCUGCGACUUCUGCAGCCGCAGCUUCAGACGCCUCAGCCACCUGAAGAGACACCUUGACGUUGUACACGCCAAUGGAGCGCGCCUGCCUCAGACCUUCGUCUGCCACAUCUGUGGCAAAGACAAGAAGUGCCGCUCGCAGCUCGCCAGACAUGUCAUCAUCCACACCGGGGAGCGGCCAUUCGCCUGCGACCUCUGCACCGCGCGCUUCAACCGCCUCGGGAACCUGCAGCAACACAGGAAGCGCAUGCAUGGCCUGGGGAAGGAGACUGUAGAGGAAGCCCCGCCCAUCUUGUUUGAUGACGAGGCUCUGACUUACAAACAGGAAGAGACGGUGGUGGCCGUCGACGCUGCAGCUGUAGGCUGUGAGGCUACAGUGAGCGACGAGACAAACGACUUACAGCAGCUGGUCACUACCUGACCGCAGGACGCUGUCUGAACUGAGCGUGCUCACAUCAUCCUGACCUCCGCCCUCAGUCCUUUAACUUUGAUCCUCUCGGUCUGUCUGAUGCUCUGAUGGCGGUGGCUGAAGAUGGAACUGACACUGAGAUGACACUGUUGAUUUUCAGUUGGACAGAAUGUGAAUCAGUUCUCUUGUGACGAU